AGAAAAUAUGCUUGCAUAAAAUGUAUUAAAGGACACCGAUCGUCAAAAUGCACGCACAACGAUAGAGAACUGUUUGAAAUCAAGAAGAAAGGGAGGCCUAUUACACAGUGUGCUAACUGUCGCUUACUACGGAAAACGCGGCAAUUACAUAUCAAGUGUCAAUGU